AUGGAUGUUAAUCAGGAUAAUAGAUUGGAUUUAUCUGAAUUUGUAAAUAUGUCUAAAUUAUUAUAUAAAAUUGACCGGACGUUCGCACUAUUGGAUCAAUUUAAAAGACAACACAUUGAUCGUAGUAAUGGACUUAAUUUUCAAGAGUUUGAACGACUAAUUAGCAAUGUUGUCAAUAACCUAUUAGCUCCUAAAAACAUAUGUAGCAGCGACGAUGAAGUUGAUAACGAUGACUAUUUUGCAAAUGUUAUUAAUGAAAUGGGUAUUGAAACACAUUAUGAUGAUGAGGAGGAAACAAAAAAUUAUGAAUUUAAAGAAUACAUCUUUAAUCCAUCUUCAAUUCAAAUACAAAAUGUCGAAGACGCCAAGCAAGCACUCACUGCAUAUGCCAGAAAUCUUAGCAUUUUUAAAUGCGCCGAUUCAAAUAAUGAUAAUACAGUGACUGCAUUGGAAGCAUACAAUUAUUUGUCCCGAUAUAUUAAGAUUCAAGAUACAAUCGAAUUCCUUAAUAUUUUUAUUGAUUCAAAGCAAGAAAACAGCAACUGUCUUGAUAUUCGAGGCCUAUCCAAUAUCAUUCACAAUAUCAUCCAUGAAUGUGCAAUAAUUACGCGAAAUGUACAAAGUAUAUGCAAUAAAUUACGAAUGCAUACGAUAUGCAAAAAAGUAAAUCUCGAUAAAUUACCAAUUGAUUCGGAUAGCAUUAUCGCUCUUGCAUUGCAUGCAGUACCCGACACAUACAUGGUCAUUAAAGAUGUCGUAAGAAGAAACAUACGAAAUCAGAAUUGA